CGAACGGGCACGUUUUCAUUUCUCUGGCGUGAGAACGCGAAACAGACCACCACUGACAAAGAGGAAAAUCUCUCUCUCUCUCUCUCUCUCUCUCUCUCUCUCUCUCUCGGCUUUUUGGUCUUCGAUUGACCGGAACCCUAGCUCGAUCCACCGGCGAAUUAAAGAUUCCGUAGAUGAGCUUACGAUUGGGGAAGAGUUGAGGAUCAACCGGCCUGGAUUUCGUCACCGGAUGGAGGGAGGUAGCGUCUCUAGACUUACUUGUUCUGGCAUACACUCAUGGAUUAUGAUGACAAAGAUUUUCAAAGCCAGAAUCUCCAUUUAGCUGGUGAAGGGAGCAAUAAAUUUCCUUCUGUUCUACGGCCAUAUGCUCUUCCAAAGUUUGAUUUUGAUGACAGUCUUCAUGGAACUUUAAGGUUUGACAGUUUGGUUGAAACUGAGGUUUUUCUGGGCAUUGAAAGUAACGAAGAUAGCCAGUGGAUUGAAGAUUUCUCCCGGGGUAGUAGUGGGAUACAGUUCAGUUCAGGUGCAGCAGAGACUUGCUCCAUUUCAAGGUGCAAUAAUGUCUGGUCUGAGGCAACCUCCUCAGAAUCUGUUGAAAUGUUAUUAAAAUCUGUUGGCCAGGAGGAACAUAUUCCUGUACAAAUUAAUACGAAGGAGUCAGUUGCCUGUGAUGAACUGGGUUGCAUCGUAAAGCAAAUGGAGCCCAGCUCAAAACAGGAUUGUAAUAUACCAGCUAGAGUGGUAGAUGCUACAAAUUUACAGCCCGCAUUACUUCCAGGUGAAUUCCCAGAAAAAUUUUCAGUGUUAAAUGAUGAUGGUUGUGGGCAGCAGCGUCAAGUUGAGGAUAGUUCACAGACUCAUCGAGGCAAUGCAUCUGUUGAUAAAGGUUUAGGUGACCCAACUUCCAUUAGCGUAGAGGUCAGGCUGCCUAUUGCUGAGGGGAGUCAGUUCAUCGAUGAUAAAUGUAAUGACGUUAGUCAAAGGGAAGUUGAUACUGUUAUUAAUGAAUCUUUAGAUAACAGGAUACAAGAAGGUUCUGCUUCAGGGACACAAAUUAAUAAUGCAUUUGCUAAUGCAAAAAAUAUCUUUACGGGAAAUGAUGGAUUGAUUAAUGAAGGUUCAUUAAAUCAUGUAAAUGAGACUGCCAAUGAAAAUCUAGAUCUUUCAGGAACAGAUAAGGGUGAGUAUCAGGAGGAAGGGGGUGUAUUAAGCCAAGGGGCUCAAAUGCAUGCUCAGGUUUUGAGUGCAGAAAUGGCUGAAAGGGACUCUUCGUAUUUGGACAAUCCUCUUUGUAUGGCCUCUGUAGAAUCUAUGGAAGAAACAAGUGCAAUUGAAACUAGCAUGGGCAGCGUGGAGGAUCCUAGUGUAAUACCCAAGGGUUAUUCUGGCUUAGAGAUGCAGUAUGUUCAUUCUGGAGUAGAUGCACAUGAAGUACCAUCUGUGGUGGUUGAAGGAAAUGCUACAGAUGAAAGGCAUGAAGUUGAGAAGUCUAAUGGGUCCCACUUGGACGCCAAGAACUUAGUGAGUAAGUCUGGGGCAUGUCUGUUGCCUACAGAAGACGAUAAAUGUUCUGAAGAUAAAGUGGAUGAAAGCAGUAGCUAUGGAGCCAUUAAUUCUAGUUUGCCUGAGGUCUGUUCUUCAGCUGAGUUUGUUAGUAACACACUUGUUGAAGGCCAUGUUUUGCCAUCGGCAAUUGUUGAAUCCAUCCAAAUGGAUGAAGAAAAUAAGGUCCCUAGACAAUGCGACGUUGACAAAUGUGAUAAAGAUGUUCCUGUUAUUGAGCAAAAAGGGAUCGUGGAGUUGCCUUCUGAUGAUAGUAAUAGAGAUAUAAUCAUUGAUAAAGGAGUUGGGACCUCUUCUUUCGGUGAAGGUAGCAUAGAAAUUGAGUUGAUAGUUUCUAAACCUCAAUCAGAUACCACUGCUGUAAGUGAAUCAGCAUCAGAUUUCACCUUCAAAGAUGCUAACUUAUCCUGUAAUACAGUGGGUGAUGCUCCAGUGUCCUCUGAGAAUUGCAUUACUACUGAUGUGGUUGUUGAUCACAAGGAUUUUGAAGUGUCAGGUUUACCUGCAGUGUUUACUUACUCAGAUAAAGAGGAAGACACUGUUGCCAAGAUUUCCACGGAAGCAAGUUUAUCUGAUCAUAAGGCAUCUAGUCAAGCAACAACUGGAGUAGAUCCUGUUUCUGAAUCUGAAAAGGAAUCUUCUGCCGCUGCUGAAGAGGUGCUGUGUGAACCAGUUGAUCAUUCUCUGUCAGUAGUGGAUGCUCGUAAUACAGAAAGCCGAAUUGAUUGCCAAACAGUAGUGAUAGAAAAAGAUGGCCAUGACACAAAGGAUGAAGAAGUGUGUCCAAUUCAUUGUGGUUCAAUUACAAACCAGGAAUACAGCAUUGAAGCACUAGUAAAUGAUGACAAAAAAACUAAAAAUGUUUCAGACAAUGAGAUACUUGGGUCUGUGCCAUUAGCCAUAAAGGAGUCUUGCCAUGAUACUAGUCUAAAAGUUCAGGAGGAAAACACUGUCAUGGGAUCUGGAGAUAUGAGUUUUGAGCAGACUGCUGUUCCUAGCACUAAUGUAGUACAUGAACGCAGUGAUGAUCUUGACAAGCCAGCUGGUGGUUCCCCUGCUGUCAUUAGAACUACUGAGCUUUCUUGUGAUCAGAGUAAUAAGGAGGAACUCAAAAUAUUGUCAAACCAGGGUGUUUCAGUUUCUGAGGUAACUGAUGGCAAUGCCAUCAAAAUGCAGUCUGCUUCUAAGGAUCCAAAUCAAAAUGAUGCCUCUAAAGAUGAUAGUAGCUUCACUUUUGAGGUCACUCCACUGGCAGAUCCGCCUCAAAAAGAUGCCAAGAAAUGGCAGCCCUUUUCAAAUAUAGAAGCCAGCAAAGUACCCCUGAUUGUGGAUAGAUCUACUUCAAGUUCUGGCUUAGGCCAAUUAGAUCCCAAGACUGCUCAAGAUAUUUCUCGUGGAAGUCCAAAGUUUUCUAAUGUCGCUAUUGCACAUGAUGCUUCAAAAGGUAAUUCUGCUCGUAAAACAAGACGAGCCAGUAAGGCAACAGCGAAAGAAACUGCUAAAAAGGGAAAUCCUGUUAAAGUAACAUCUUCUGUGAGAUCAGAAAGAGGGGUCAAAACAACCAGUGUUUCCCUGAGCCCAUCUGGUGUUUCUCAACUUGUGCAAUCCAAUGAGAUGCAACGCUAUGGACAUGUGGACACUAGUAAUUUAAAGCCAUUUGUUCUUGCAACAUCAACUUCUGGUCUGCCAGAUUUGAAUUCUUCAGUUUCUCCAGCUGCAAUGUUUCAGCAACCCUUCACAGAUUUACAGCAAGUGCAAUUGCGUGCUCAGAUCUUUGUUUAUGGAGCUUUGAUUCAAGGAACGGCACCUGAUGAAGCAUAUAUGAUAUCUGCCUUUGGAGGACCUGAUGGUGGUAGGAGCAUUUGGGAGAGUGCCUGGCGCUCAUGUUUAGAAAGGCUUCAUGGUCAAAAGUCUCAUCUCAUUACCCCUGAGACACCUCUGCAAUCUCGUUCAGGUGCUAGAGCUACCGAGCAAUCAAUUAAACAAAGUGCACAUCAAAGUAAAGUAGUCUCCUCACCUGUUGUCCGAGGCAGCAGCAAGGGUACUCCUACAAUUGUGAAUCCCAUUGUAUCCCUCUCUUCACCACUUUGGGGUAUGCCCACUCCUGGUGACACUCUGCAAACAAGUGCUAUGCCAAGGGGCCCAGUUACUGAUUAUCAGCAGGCACUUUCGCCUUUGCAUCCUCAUCAGGCUCCGGUUAUCAGGAAUUUUGUUGGGCAUAGUCCUUCUUGGCUAUCUCAGGCUCCUUUUGGUGGCCCUUGGGUUGCAUCUCCACAGACUUCUGCUCUUGACACAAGUGGUCGUUUUUCUGUGCAAUUGCCUGUCUCAGAAUCCGUUCAAUUGACACCUGUGAAAGAAUCAUCUGUGCCUCAUUCGUCUGGUGCAAAGCCUACUGUUCCAAUGGUUCAAAGUGGAGCCUCGGCUAGUGUUUUUUCUGGGACUACUUCUGUGCUAGAGGCAAAAAUGGUAACAGCAUCAGCCAAUCAAACAUCUUCUGAUCUAAAGCCUAGAAAAAGAAAAAAGGCUUCAGUAUCUGAGAAUCCUGGGAAAAAUGUUUUGCCAUCUCAACUUCAUGUGGAACCUAUUGUUGCUUCUGUUGUUUCUGGUCCUGUGUCUACUUCCAUUGCCAUCACAACUUCUGUUGGCUUUAUUUCUAAAGCCCCCACAGAGAAAUUCAUUACAUCUGUAACUCCUGCAUCUUCUUCUGAUCUUAUUAAAGGAGGCCAUGUAGAACCGAGGGCAAUUUUUUCAGAGGAUACCCUUGGCCAGAUAAAGGAGGCUAGGCUGCAGGCGGAGAAUGCCUCUGCACUUGCUACUUCUGCUGUUAAUCAUAGCCGGGAAAUAUGGGAUCAGUUAGAUAAGCAGAGAAAUUCUGGGUUUUUACCAGAUGUUGAAACCAAACUAGCAUCUGCAGCUGUUGCAAUAGCAGCUGCUGCUGCUGUUGCAAAGGCUGCAGCUGCAGCUGCCAAGGUUGCAUCAAAUGCUGCAUUGCUAGCUAAACUGAUGGCUGAAGAAGCAGUAGUUUCUGGUGGUCACCAUAACCCAAGUCAGAUCAAUUUUAACUCUCUUUCUGAUGGCAUGAAAAAUUUGGGUAAGGCUACUCCUGCAUCCAUUUUGAAGGGUGAUGAUGGAACAAACAGCUCCAGUUCAAUUCUUGUUGCUGCAAGGGAGGCUGCUAGAAGGAGGGUUGAAACUGCUUUGGCUGCAUCAAAACGAGCUGAAAAUAUGGAUGCUAUUGUAAAAGCUGCAGAGCUGGCAGCAGAAGCUGUGUCUCAAGCUGGGAAAAUAGUGGCUAUGGGUGAUCCUGUACCAUUGAGUGAGCUUUUAGCAGCUGGUCCAGGGGCUUAUUGGAAAGUAGCACAAGUAACUUCUGAGCUGGUUUCUAAAUCAAAUGACAAUGGUAGAGAUGUGGACAAUUUUGGAGGUUCAGAUACUUCUGCUAGGCAGUCAAAAGAAGUUCCAUCAGAUAAGAAAGAAAAUCAGAUCACUAACCAUGGGAAGUCACCUACUUUUAGAGACAUAUCUAGUGAGGACCAUGGGAGAUUGUUAGAUGUUGUCUCUGGCUCUGGUGCAGCCAUUGCAAAGGACGCCAAAGGGCAAAAGGGCCGCAAGGCUUCUGAUUUGGCCAAAACCAUAGGGGUGGUCCCUGAAUCUGAGAAUGGAUCCAGAUCUUCCAUUGUUCAGAAUGACUAUGGAAAGGCGGAAACUCUAAAAGAGAAUAGCAUUAUGGAGAGUUCCAUCGUUGAGGUUUUCAAAGAUGGGAGUGGAUUUAAGGCAGCCUGGUUCCCAGCCAAAAUUUUGAGUUUAAAGGAUGGGAAGGCUUAUGUGAGUUAUGCUGAGCUCACAUCAGGUGAAGGCUCAGAAAAGUUAAAGGAGUGGGUUUCACUUGAAGGGGAAGGAGAUGAGGCACCCAAAAUACGUGUUGCCCGUCCUAAUACUGCCUUGCCAUUUGAAGGAACAAGGAAGAGGAGGAGAGCUGCCAUCAUGGACUAUAAUUGGUCUGUUGGUGAUAGAGUUGAUGCAUGGAUACAAGAUAGCUGGUGGGAGGGAGUAAUAACUGAAAAGAGCAAGAAAGAUGAGCCUAUGGUUACUGUCAAUUUUCCAGCUCAAGGAGAAACAACAGCCUUUAAACCAUGGGAACUUCGGCCUUCUCUCAUAUGGAAAAAUGGGGAAUGGAUUGAAUGGUCCAAUUCAGGAGAGAGCAGUCGCUCUUCUCAUGGGGGUGAUACCCCACAAGAGAAGCGACCAAGGUUGCGUAGCCCUAUCGUGGAGGCCAAGGGGAAGGACAAGACCUCAAAAAGUAUUGAUACAAUGGAAUCUGUUGAUCCAACAUUAUUAGAUUUAUCAGCUGAUGAAAAACUAUUCAAUAUGGGUAAGAGCACCAGAGAUGGGAAUAGGCCUGAUGCACUGAGAAUGACUAGGACUGGGUUGCAAAAGGAAGGAUCUAGAGUAAUCUUUGGUGUACCCAAGCCUGGAAAGAAAAGGAAAUUUAUGGAAGUUAGCAAGCAUUAUGUUGCAGAUCGGAGUAGUCGAAUCAAUGAAGCAAAUGAUUCCAUCAAGUUAGCUAAAUAUUUGAUGCCUCAAGGAGCAGGAUCCCGGGGAUUGAAAAGUACAAAGACUGAAUCAAAUGAAAGACGAGCAGCUGUUUCCAAGCCCAAGGUACUUAAGUCUGGAAAACCACAGAAUGUUUCUAGUAGAGCAGUUCCUCAGAAGGACAGCCUAUUAAGUGCUGCAAUUUCUGCUCCUGAUGAUAGUGCUGUUGGAGAUAAUACUACAAAGGCAAAGGAUUCUGUAAACCAUGGUGAAAACACUUUGGAAAAGCAGAACCUGAUGGCCUUUCAAUCAUUUUCUAGUUCUGAUGGAGCAACAGAGGGCCCAAUCUUAUUUUCUGCACUUGCUCUUCCAUCAGAUACUGUUUCUUCUAAGAAAAUGUACACCACAAAUGCUAAACCUGACCGAGUAAGUAAAGAAAAACUUGCCCCUGCUGGUGGAAAGUUGAGUAGAAUUGAGGAGGAUGCAGAUUUGCAUGGUUAUUCUGCACAAUCAACCUCUGAUCCUGUUGAGCCACGUAGAUCUAAUCGCAGAAUUCAGCCAACAUCUAGACUAUUAGAAGGGCUGCAAAGCUCGUUGAUGGUCUCAAAAAUUCCAUCUGUCUCGCAUGACAAAAGCUAUAAAAGCAGGAAUGCUUUUAGGGCAGGGAAUAACCAUGGUUGAAAGAUCCUGGAAAUGUUGGAUCAUAUUCAAAGAAGUUCGAUGAUCACUGGAACACACUCUAGUAGUUUGUGUAUAUUUUAAAUAGGGGAGAUAGCUAGGAAUGGCAAUUCUUGCUUCCUUGAGUUUAAUUAUGAGAUGUAGUUGGUAGAUGUUCAUAUCGAUUUUAGUUUAUUCACAAUUAUGAUUUAAUCUCCUUGGCUUUUGCCUUAGUAGGUUGUAUAUGGAAAUUCUCCAUGUAGUUUGGGUUGAAGUUGCAGGAAGCUUUUGCAGAUCAUCAUCCAUUGAAA